AUGAUAUCUGAAAAUGAAUAAACAAAAGUAUUGUUGGUGAUUGUGUAGAACCCUUAAUCAAUAAUACUUCCACAUUCAUUGUUCUAUAGAUACUUUUCAAAUUUUGGAGAUGUUGAUAAAAUUCUAAUAUUUGAAAAGGGCAAACUAUGGAAAUGCUUUAUUGAGAUGGCUACUUUAUAAUAAGCAAGGUUUUCUUAGUAAUAAUUAAAUGGAUGUCAAUUAUAUGAUUAAACAAUCAUGAAUGUGUAAAUUUAUUAUCUAUGACUUUAGUUAUUUUUCUACAUUACAGAAUGUCACAUUUCUCAAUAAUAAUUCAGGAGGUGUAGAUUACAAAUCAAUCAGAUAAAGGAAUUCAACAAAAACCAUGAAUAGUUAUGAGCAAGACUAUCAUUCCAAAACAUUUAGUCAACCUACUAUAUGUUAGCAAUAAUAAGAUAUCAAAUAAAGCCUUGUUAGUUUUUGGAAUGAAAGAACAAGAGCUAGUUUAAAUGAUAAAUAAGAUCUGUAAGAAUAAAAAAAUGAUUGGGAACCUUCAAAAAUAUAAACUUCGCUGGAAUUUAUAGGUGAUGUAGAUUCUCCUAAAUACAACCAAUUUUCCUCUUUUUAAUCUAUUUAAUGUGAUGAUAGCGAAAAUGAUCCAAUCGAUGAAGAUAUAAUGCUUGCAUUUUCAUCUGAAAAAAAUAUAUAUUUGAAUUCCUACAUGUUUUCUAUUCCUGAAGUAGAAGAUAAAUCAAAAAAUCAAGACAUAGAUCCAUAUACUUAUAUAUCUCCUUAAUUUCUUAGAGAGAAUUAACCAUCUAAAGUAGUUUAUAUAAGAGGUCUCAUUAAUUAAAAUAUUACACCAUUAAACAUUUUUAAUUUAUUGUCAAAUUUUGGUAAUGUUUUAGUGAUAAUCUAUAUUAAACAUAAGACAUCAGCCUUAGUUUAAUUUUAAAAACUCUCUCAUGCACAAAAUGCUUUAGAUCAUUUGAAUAAUUAAAUCUUUUUUGGUUAGAAACUUAAAAUCUUUUAUUCAAAUUAUUAAGAAAUUUAAUUUCCAUUACCAUUUCAAUCACCAUAGACUGUAGUAUUUAUGCCCUAACAAUCUUAAUUUAGAUUUAGUGAAACAAAAUCAAUCUCUUUUAAUCCACCAAGUUAAACUUUGCAUUUAAGUAACAUAAAAGGUAAAAUAUGUGAAGAAGAAUCUUAUAUUAAGGAAUUAUUUAGAGGAAUAGGAAAUGUACAGGCAAUCAAAUUUAUUCAUAUUGAUAAGUAUAAUAAAUCUUAAAAUUAAGAUAAAAACAUAUGGCAUUAGUAAGACUAUCAUCAUUAGAAGAAGCAUUGAAUGGAGCAGCUUUACUUCAUGGCAAAGAAGUAAUGGGUAGAAAAAUCAAUGUUUCAUUUACAAAAAGUAAAUUAUGCUGA